UGCCAAGGCUAAGAAGCCCUUUACUAUUGGUGAAGAGUUGAUCCUGCCUGUCCUUGCUUUUAGGAGAGGCUGCAGUUAAAAAGAUAGCACAGGUUCCUCUUUCGGCUAGCACCAUAACUAGACGAAUUGAUGAAAUAGCAGAGGACAUUGAGGUACAAUUGUUAGAGAGGAUUAAUGAGUCACCGUGGUACGCAAUUCAAGUUGAUGAGUCUACUGACGUUGACAACAAGGCAAUAAUGCUUGUCUUUGUGCGAUAUAUAUUUCAGGAGGAUGUGCAUGAGGAUAUGUUAUGUGCAUUAUUGUUGGCAACCAACACCACAGCUGCUGAGCUAUUCAAGUCCUUGGAUGAUUACAUAACAGGAAAACUAAACUGGUCAUUUUGUGUCGGUGUUUGCACAGAUGGAGCCGCUGCCAUGACUGGACGGCUUUCUGGUUUAACUACUCGGGUCAAGGAGGUUGCGCCUGAAUGUGAGUCUACGCACUGUGUCAUCCAUAGAGAAAUGCUGGCUAGCCGAAAAAUGUCACCCGAACUUGACAGCGUUUUGAAAGAUGUGAUUAAAGUAAUAAAUUACAUCAAAGUACAUGCCCUUGACUCUCGUCUGUUUGAGCAGCUCUGUGAGGAGAUGGACACUGAGCACAAACGUCUUUUGUUACAUACAGAAGUGAGGUGGCUUUCUAGAGGUAGAUCUCUGGCAAGAGUUUUUGAGUUACGAGAGCCGCUUCAUAGAUUUCUUUUAGAAAAAGAAUCACCACUUGCUGCACAUUUCAGCAGUAAAGAAUGGGUUUUAAAACUUGCUUACUUGUGUGACAUAUUCAACUUGCUCAAUGACCUCAAUCUGUCACUUCAGGGGAGAAUGACAACUGUCUUCAAGUUGGCAGAUAAAGUGGCUGCAUUCAAAGCGAAACUGGAAUUGUGGGGACGGCGAGUCAAAAUAGGGAUAUUUGACAUGUUUCAAACAUUAGCAGGGAUUUUGGAAGAGACCGAGCCUGUACCUUCAUUCUCCCAAUUGCUGUACGCUCACCUAUCUCAGCUUUUAAAAGAGUUUGAGCGUUAUUUUCCAAGCACACAAGACCCUCGAACCAGGAAGGAAUGGAUCCGUGACCCAUUUGUGAACAAGCCUGGUGAGGCAACCUUGUCCGUGCUAGAAGAAGACCAACUGCUUGAGAUUGCAAAUGAUGGCGGCCUGAAAAGUAUGUUUGAGACGUCAAAUCUUGCAACGUUCUGGAUUAAAGUCAAGGCAGAACAUCCUGAGAUCUCCACAAAAGCGCUGAAGACUCUGCUGCCAUUUCCAACAUCCUAUCUUUGUGAAGCAGGGUUUUCUGCAGUAACAGCAACCAAAACAAGAUUACGGAGUAGACUGGACAUAAGGAACACACUUCGGGUGUCAUUGUCGCCCAUCACCCCUAGAUGGAACUGUCUUGUUGCAUGGAAGCAAGCCCAGUGCUCCCACUGAUUCAGCAUUAUGGCUGUAGCCCGGCCCACAUACAUACACUGAUGAAUGAUUCUUCAGAGUGACAAGCCGGCGGCAGCAGUAAGUGACAGUCACAGCCUGACAGGUCAGCGGUCCGGUCACAGAAGGCGGGAGAAAACAGCCAGGAGCAGGAGGACAGGAGCUGCAGGCAGCAGUAGAGAAGAAGAUGGCAGAGCGCAGAGGAAGACGAGCACUGAGUGGGUCUGAGAGCAGCACCACGUCAGGUCCAGCAGACCAGCACCAGCGGUCCAGCGCCCAGCCCAGAGCCAGAGUGUGAGAGUGGUAGUGGUAGUAGUACUACUACUACUAGUUAGUAAGUUGUAACUACUUUGUGACUGAGCCGAGGUAAUGGAAUAUGGCUACUGUGGGGUCUGGGCCUGGGGCAAUAAAGGGGCAUUGCUUGGCAUAACUAGUGUGUGGAGUUGUGGAC